AUGCGUGCAUCGGCUGCGACGAAGUUACCGUCUGUUCACGCGGACCAUGGUUUAUGGAUUUGCCCGACAUCGAAGAGAGUCGGCGAGAUAAACACGCGUAAGUGCGUAUACGCGUGCCGCGAACCCAGAAAACGUGACUCUCGCGAGUUGCCGGCGAACGUUUGCCAGGCAACCGUAAUUCCUUCGAUUCGAUUUAACCGGAGUACCAGUGGAAACGAGGCGACCAACAUUUUUGCCGCUCUAUGUGAGAAGGAGAAACUUGAAUCGUCGUACGCACUCCAACAAAGACCACUAAUCGGCGAGCGUUCCAGAGAUAAAAGAAAAACUAUUUCGACGAAUGUAUUGUCUUGGCAACUAAGCGAUUGCGGAGUCAAACUGUUAACUAUCGACGUAUUCAUCAAACCUGGAGUUUCUCUAUCGCAAGAAAAGUAUUCUAAUUUAGGACAAUAA